GAAGUCGUGCCAGGCAAAACAACUUGCUGCUUGAGGAGUGCGUGUGUUAUCCCGGUCCGUUGAUAAACAGCAUGCCCUGAUUAGGGGUUCAGCGCGUUCCCCAGCAGCUAGCAAGCGAAGCUGCAGGAGCUUUUCUCAAGCGACAAGCGGAGAAAUUCACUUCAAAGCUUGUUUCAGGGCACAAAAGGAAGCAAUCAGCAUGGAAGAAAUAUAUGUGGAUGAAUCUGAAAAGAUCGCUGAGUCUCUAAGGAAUUUGGAGAAGCUUAUUCGUGACGAAGAACUGCUGGACUGUCCCAAGGACGAAGUGUUCUUGCUGAAGUUCCUGCGUGCUCGAAAGUACGACGCUGACAAAGCGUUCAAGAUUGUUCAGAAAUACUUUAGGGCGAAGCAAAGCUACCCUGCAAUUUUCGAGGGUUUCACGCCGUCCGAAAUGCUCUACGACACCAUUUUCCGCGAAAACAAGCUCCUCGCUGUGUCCUCAAAACGGGAUUCGCUGGGGCGAGCCGUCAUGCUAGUCAAAACAGGAGCCUGGGACGCCUCCGUCUGCACGCUCGACGAAUUCACAAAAGCGUGUAUGAUUCUCGUCGAGUGGAUGCUCUUCGAUGAGGAAGUCCAAAAGCAUGGAGUCGUUUACGUGCUCGACUACAAGGGUCUCGGUCUGCACCACCUGACGCAGUACACGCCUUUCGCGAUUCAACGGCUGAUCCACGUUGCUCAGGACUGCUACCCUGUAAAAGUGAAAGCUGUUUACGUUGUCAACAGCCCGCCCAUAUUUGACAUAUUCUUCUCAAUUACAAAGACUUUCAUGAAAUCCAAACUAGUAGAAAGGGUUAAGCUCUUCGGUACUGAUUUGGAGAAACUUCACGACGUUGUUCCUGACGAUGUCAUCCCAGAAGAAGCAGGAGGAACACUGGAGAGCUACGACUACGACAAGCUGGAGAGGGACUUGCUGAGUCAGAGUGACUACUUCGAAGAAUUGAGCCGCUAUGGAUACGGCAAGGAAAGUACUCGCUGUUAGCCCAUCAAAAUCCACCUUUGUAUAUAGUUCCACUUAUAAAGUUAUAUCUUUUUCUACAUC